AUGGCGUCCAGACUUGGCCUUGGCAGCUUCAUGCUGAUCAUAGGCAUCAUCCUGGUCUUGAUGCCCGGACAGGCGGCGGCCUUUGGAGCUGGCAACAUCCCCUCCAUCGCCCAGGUCGAGGGCCACAACUGGCGACAUGGCGACAUCGAGGACAUGCUCAAGACCAUCACCUUCCUGCACGGCAAGAAGUGGACCACUCUGCUCGUCCAGCGCACCUACUUUGGCAACUGGCUGCGCGACUACUCCCAAGCCGUGGACGUCGCCAGCUUGAAGGGCGUCAACGCCGCCACCAUCCGCAUCCUCGUCUGGGUGCUCUCCUUCCUUGCCAAUGGCUACGCCACUGAGGAGUUCGAGGUCACCGAAGAGCGCCUCGGCGUCUACAGGCCCGAAGAGCACAUCGACAACCCGCUGGGCUACGCCGAGGGCAAAGAUGCCCGAGAGUUCGACAAGCGGCUGCGCGGCCCCGUGGCGCCCGUCGAAACCGAGAUAGACAGCCGCACCGGCAUGAAGAACUACAUCGCCAACGAAAGCGGUAACUGGGCGACCAGUGCGGGCUAUCUUCGCUUCAGUCUUGCGCGCAGCAUCCACUAUGGCCGGCUGUACACCAGUGGGUCUUCCCGCAAGGGCAACGAGGACGACCUGUGCGAGGCGCUUCGAUGCCUGGGUCAGGCACUGCACUGCAUGGAGGACUUCCCUGCUCACAGCAACUACUGCGAGCUGGCGCUUCGCGAGCUGGGCUACCACGAAGUAUACCCUCACUGCGGUACCCAGACCGAAAUCAACCUCAACGGGAAGCGCCUCUAUCCUCUCGUUACCGGCACCUUUGGCGGUGUCGAUUUCUUGCACUCCGUACUCGGCGAGGCCAACGAUCACUUCACACAGUCAGAGGUCGACGAGCUAGACAUUGCUCUGAAGAACGCAGAACAAGCGACCAACUCAGGUGGCGGAGGUGGCACCAGGGGCUUUGGUGGCGGCAGCGGGACGAUGGACUUCAUCUCGCUGGUUGGCCAGUUGCCAGGCAUCGGUGGUGGAUUCGCCUCGGAAGCCCGCGAUCUCAGGAGAAUGGCAGAAGAGCAGGAGAGAGAGAACGACAUGACCAGGUCGAGGGGUGACAUGUCCCGCGCGAACGUCAACGUCAUCCCAGGUAUGAGCGCCGACUUCGACCCUGUCAAGACUGCCGCUCGCAUCUACCCAAUUCUCCAGUUCAGGGACAAGAUUGUCAAAUCUAUCAACAGGGGAAUUGCCAAAAUCCCUGGUCUGGAAGGCUUGUUGGAGCACAUCAGUGAGACCUUGACUGCAUUCGUUCUGGGCCUCCUCGCCCCCUUCAUCCGCCCUAUCAUCAAUUCGCUGUCCAAGGUGUUGAAGGACGGCUCCUCUGGGGUUAUCGCAUCCAGUGCUAAUGCUCAACUGGAGCCCUGGAAGAACCCUCACUGCUCCGACCCAACCCACUCUAUGCUGAGCAAGGAUCACUUCACGAACAUCCUUAACUCGUGCGCGGGCAGAGUAGGCGCUACAAUCCUCCAAUAUGUCGUUCCUCGUGUGCUCUACGCUUGGGAGAACACCGGAGUGCCCGUCGAGGAAGUCUGCAACGAUGUCCUCCGUGCCUUCCACCACCCUGCUAUCCGCGACGAGCGCGUGGAAAUCCAACGGGACAUGUUCAACACUGUUCGCAAGUGGGCCGAUGAGUACCCUCGCCGCCAUGAGCUCAACCACGUGCUCGGCUCUGAGAGCGUGAAGAAUGGUAAGAACCAUGUUCUCAGCAGCCAGAAGAAGGGCCACUCUCACGGAGGCGGUAUCUUCGACAACGGGGUAGGCGAUCUCAUGGGCAAGGUCGGCCACGGAAUGCCCACUGGAAGUCUGUGGAGUCAGCUGCAGACCAGAGACCUGGAUGCCAUGGGCGCUGGCAACUCUUCCGGCGUGGGAUAUAUGGGAGCCAGCUCGCCCCCUCCGGCUCAUCCCCCUGCUAGACCAUCCGCAGGCGAAUCUUACGGUUACAACCAAGGCCCUCCGCAGCCGACUGGUGGCGAAGCAGACAGCUAUCUGAACCCUGGAUCGCAGUCGGGAGGCUACGGUGGCCGCACGCCCCAGCCCUACGGCCAAGGACAGGGCUACAACCAGCCUGGUUACGGACCACCCCAACAAGGCUAUGGAGGCCCACCACAACAAUACGGUGGAGGACCUCCUCCUGGAUACGGGCCGCCGCCUGGGCAGUACGGAGGUGGCCCGCCCCCGCUUCCUCAGGGAUAUCCGGGUCAGGGCUACGGACCUCCGCAGCAGGGCUACUAUCCGCCUGGCGGACAGCAACAGUAUGGCGGUCAAGGCCCGUACGGCGGUGGCGGCGGCUACGGUAGAUACUGA